AUGAUAGCAGGCAACGCCAUCCUGCCCGUCAACCAAACUCCAACUUCCGGACCCUUCCAAGAGCUCACCCACAUCAAACUCUUUUCCAUCAACAAGCAGACUGCGGCGGGGCGCAAGCCCGCCAACCCGCUGCCUGAAGGAUUACCGUCUCCUGGAGCCACCUCGUACGAAGCACCGCGUGACGUGCUCACGCGCGGGCGUCGGGACGCCAACAGGGUUGCGUCAUCGCGCGUCGUCGACAACUACGCACACGACAACGACGACGAUGACGACAGCGACUACAACGAGUACGCUGUCGGCACCGAUGACGAGGCGGACUCACGGGAGGAGCCGGACAAGGGAAUGUACGACUCUGAAGACGACGACGAGAGCGACGAGUCCGAGGAUGCACCGGAAGAAACUCAGCCCGCAGCUCUGACCACGCGUGCUGGCGUGCUAAGCCCGCAGCCCGUGUUGCCACCGGCCUCGAAGGGUGGCGAACCUCCGCGCCGCGCUCCAAAGACCCGCAACCAGAUACCUGUGAAGCGCAGCGUCUGGUCCCCGCUGGAGAACACCAUCUUCGACGUGGCCCGCUGGUUCAUGAAGGACGAACUCGAGUCCCUCGUCGGGAAGCAGGGCUCCCAGUAUUGGGCGCGCCUUGUGGCUCACUAG